AUGGAUGCUCGCAAGGCCUCGAAGAAACGCAAGGCGGUCACUCGCGAUGUUGAGGAGGAAGCAGGUGUUUUCUCUGGAGAUGAAUUGAGUGCCGAGAACCUCGAUGGUACCCUUUCCGACAACGCAAACGACCUGUCCGAUAGCGAGGAUGACGACUCCGAAAUUGAACUGAUUGAUGAUUUCAGUGAUGAGGAUGGUGAUGAGGAAGAGGAGGAGGAACUGGAUAGUGAUGAGAUUCCUUCUGAUGUCGACGAAGAGCCCAAGAAGCCUGCCGUCAAGGAAUGGAAGCCCGAGGAGCCCAAUGUUCGCAUCGUCAAAGAUGCCAAUGGCAACGAGCGCUACCUUUACGACGAAAUCCACCCGGACGACAACUCGGACUACUCAGACAUUGAGGAGAAUGCCAACACUAUUGGUGAUAUCCCUCUUUCUUUCUACGACCAGUACCCUCACAUCGGUUAUGAUAUCAACGGCAAGAAGAUUAUGCGUCCUGCCAAGGGCGAGGCGCUCGAUGCCUUGCUCGACAGCAUUGAGAUCCCCAAGGGCUGGACUGGUCUGACGGACCCAUCCACCGGAAAGCCCCUGAACCUGAGCCAACAGGAAUUGGAGCUGCUGAAGAAGGUGCAGAUGAACGAGAUCCCUGGCGAGGGCUACGACCAGUACGAACCCUUGGUCGAAUAUUUCACCAGCCAGCAGGAGAUCAUGCCCCUCAGCGCUGCCCCGGAGCCCAAGCGUCGCUUUGUCCCGUCUAAGCACGAGCAAAAGCGUGUGAUGAAGCUCGUCAAGGCCAUCCGCGACGGCCGCAUUCAGCCUUGGAAGGCUCCUGAGGACCGUGAGGAGGUGGAUGAAAACCUCAUCAACUUCGACCUCUGGGCCGACGAGCAAGAGCGUCCGGAUCACAUCAUGCAUGUUCCCGCACCUAAGCUUCCACCGCCCGGAUAUGAGGAGAGUUAUCACCCUCCUCCCGAGUAUAUUCCUGACAGCAAGGAGCGUAAGGCCUGGGAGCAGGCCGACCCCGAGGACCGCGAGAAAGAAUUCCUGCCAAACGACUUUGGCUCCCUCCGCAAGGUUCCUGGAUACGAGAACUUUGUCCAGGAGAAGUUCGAGCGCUGUCUCGAUUUGUACCUUGCGCCCCGUGUUCGACGCAGCAAGCUCAACAUCGACCCAGAGAGUUUGCUCCCCAAGCUUCCCAGCCCCGAGGAGCUCAAGCCUUUCCCUACCACAUGCGCCACUGUUUUCCGUGGCCACAAGGGUCGUGUUCGCUCACUUAACGUGGAUCCUACUGGAAUCUGGCUCGCGACUGGUGGCGACGAUGGUACCGUCCGUGUUUGGGAGAUUCUCACCGGCCGUCAACUGUGGAGUGCUAAGCUCAGCGAUGAGGAUGCCGUCAAUGUUGUCCGCUGGCGUCCCGGCAAGGAUGCCGUUGUCCUGGCCGCCGCCUGUGGCGACGACAUCUUCCUCUCCGUGCCUCCAAUUGCCGACCCCGAGAUCGAAAAGGCAAGCUUCGAGGUCCUCGAUGCUGGCUGGGGCUACGCAGCCUCCAACCCUACCCCCAACAACCCCGAGGAAAAGAAGAGCGCACCCCCUACUUGGAUCCGACCCUCUUCGACCCUCGCAGAUGUCGGUGUCUGCGCUGUCAUCCCUCUCCGCUACGUCCCCAAGUCGAUCUCCUGGCACCGUCGUGGAGACUACUUCGUCAGUGUCUGCUCUGGCGCCUCAACACCCGCCUCCGUCGCGAUCUCCAUCCACACCCUCUCCAAGCAUCUCACCCAAUUCCCCUUCCGCCGCCGUCUCAAGGGUGGUGGUCCCCCCUCAAACCGCCCACUUCCACCCCUCCAAGCCAAUCCUCUUCUGGUCAAGAUCCUCCAACCCGGUGCACGCUGGAUCUCCUCCUUCGACAUUCACCCGACUUCAUCCAGCGCCUCGGGAGGCGACAACAUCAUCAUCGGUUCUUACGAUCGCCGUCUGCUCUGGCACGAUCUGGACCUCUCGCCACGCCCUUACAAGACCCUCCGCUACCAUCGCAAGGCUAUUCGUGCCGUCAAGUUCCACCCUGGUGGUCGGUACCCGCUUUUCGCCGAUGCCAGUGAUGACGGAUCGUUGCAGAUCUUCCACGGUAGCGUUACGGGUGACAUGCUUAGCAAUGCUAGUAUCGUUCCUCUUAAGGUUCUUAAGGGCCACAAGGUUACUGCUGAGCUGGGUAUUCUUGAUAUUGACUGGCAUCCGCGUGAGGCGUGGCUUGUUAGUGCCGGUGCUGAUGGAACGUGCCGUUUGUGGAUGUAA